AUGUUUUACCAUGCUUUGAAGUCGCUCGCGGUCGCGCUGGCGUUUGGAGCUGCCAGCGUGUCGGCACAGCAAUCUUCCACUUCGCUCGUGAGCCGGCGCCUCACUGAGUAUUUGAUGCCAGUUGCCACUGAGACGCACGAGUUCGCCCGCGUGCCGGACACGAAUUUCGUGCUGUUGACACAGAUGUCUAACAGCCAGCUGAUCAAGAUCGAACUUGACGCAACUACCGAGGAACCCAUUGCCUUCCAAGCAUUCCCCAUGGGAAAAGACAACUCUUCCAUGCUUCACGGCGUGUGGCCAUCCACGGUGCACCCUGGAAAGAUGUGGCUGUCGCUGCAGGCCGACAACAAGCUGAUCCUCGUCGACCCCGGCUACGACCUCUCGACUAAGCCGACCAUCAUCCAAACAAUUGAUAUCCCGGUCCUCGGAAAUGGCCCUCACUGUGUUUUUGAAAUUGGUAACCGUGUCUGGGCUGGUCUCAAGGUUGCAUCUGAGCAGACUGGCAAGUACUAUGUGUUCUCUGCCGAUAUCUCCAACUCCACCAACCACCACUUGUACCCAUGCCUCAACAGCCCCGUGUUUAUCAAGGAGGAGCCUACCACCGGCUUGAUCUACGUCACCCAGGACACCGACUCGUCUAUAAUGCGCAUUAACGCCACCAGCGGCGCGACCAAGCAGAUGCACAUUCCUCCCAGCGUCGGCAACAACGCCGUCGGAAUGAUCACUGGCUCCGGUGCCUUGAGUGGCGUAUGGUUCACCCUCGCUGGUAAUGCCACUGGCGGCACCGGAACUUUUGGCCACAUCGGAGCCAACGGCAAGUUCCAAUUCUUCAAGCUCAAGCACCCGUUGCUCGGCACCAAUGCUGGCCUCCUGCAUAUCGCCGACGCAUCGACCGACGCCGGUGGCCCAGCCCUGUGGCUCCUGUCGACGUCUUUGCUGAGCACCAACUCCCCCGAUGCCCUGAUCCGCGUUACUUUUGAUGCCGGUAUAAAGUCUGUUGCUGGCGAAGAGUACAUCUCUAUGCUCACACAGAACGCCAUGGUGCACCGUGUUCUUCCCCUGGAUAAGACUGUUUUGGUGUCUGAGCUCCACACAUUCACACUCGCCCAACUCACCUACAACAACACCAUCGCUGGUCACUGGCUGCCCGCUGAGGCUGUCACCAACAACACUGUUUACACCCAAGCUGGUUAA